AUGGUCAAACUCCAUCAAGGUCUCCCACGGCUGACCACUGCCAUCAGCGUGUCGCUCCUCAUUCUGCUUACAGCCACUCACGCCAGGCCAGUCGACGAAGUCGCGGACGAUACCAUUCGACAAUGGAAUGCAACAGAACCCCACCGGCUCGAACAACGAUGGAUCCAAUGCGACUGGGCGCACAUUGCGACCAUAGUCACGCAACCCCUACAGGACAGUGACGACCAUUGCACCCUCGCAGCGAAAAAGGGACAUCGACUCGUCUGCAUGAUGGUGAACCCCACCACCCAACGGUCAGUCUACCAGGAAGCCAGAGAACUCGCGUUUUACGGAUAUAUGUCUCAAGUAACUGCGAACGACAUCCAACCUGGCCUUGGCAACAUCAACGAAGCCCUGCGUGGUGCUGGGCUCACAGAUGAACCCACGCAAUGGUUUUACCUCAAUCAGUGGCACGUGCGAGAUUCGGGCGAUUUUCCUUCCACCAACGCAUUUUUUCAAAAUCACGCUAGCCCCGCACAAGGCGCCAUCAUUGCUUUCAACAAUAAGAACCCGGAGAUGAUGAACCACGACUCUCUGAGUAGGACGCUCGAUGCCGAUCAGGUUGUCCCGCUCAAACAGUGGUCUGAUGUCUUCUUUCUGGGCUGGAAAGAAGCCUGCAGAGCUUCACGGGGUGGAGUUGCGAAUAUGCGGCGAUUGGAACAUGUGUUUCGAGAUAAUGUCAUUAAUCAAGGAACGAUAGAAGUGUUGCGGUCGAUUGUGGGGAAAGAUUAUCUUGGUGUGAGGGAUAUGUGGCCCGGUUUCCAAUACUCCUUCGGAGACGUCAGAAUGCGAGCUGCACUGGGCACUCCAAAUGGGAAUGGCCUUGCCUGGCUGGUGGGACAGCAUCAGGCGGAAAUCGGGAAGAAGAUUGUGGAUCGAGUGCAUAUUUUCAAUUGUCAGACGUCGCCACUUGCACUCGUCAGCUGCGAUGCCUGUUCAGUCGUCCUUCUAUCAACUUCUGGAAGGAAAUCUCACCAAUCUCCAUAUCAGACCAUCUUCUCGAUCUUACUACCUACAUGCCAAAACAAUCAGCUCCCACCACGACAUGAAACCUUGGCAAAAAGACAACAUCAACACGGACUAACAACUUCGAGGGGACGACCACAAACAGAGAAGAUGGAAGUCGAACUCUACGUAUACGACCUCACGAGAGGUAUGGCCAGAAGCAUGUCGCGACAAUUUCUUGGUAUUCAAAUCGAUGCCGUCUACCAUACCGCCCUGGUCUUCAACAACAUCGAGUACUUCUUCGGCCAAGGUGUCCAAACAUGUUACCCAGGAACGACGCAUCAUGGUCAGCCCAUGGAGAAAAUCGCAUUAGGAAAGACAGAACUGCCACUCGAAACGAUCAUGGACUACCUGGAGAGUCUGAAGCAGAUCUACACGGCGGAGAGUUAUGACUUGUUUGCUCACAACUGCAACAAUUUUACGAAUGACUUUGCCAUGUUCUUGGUGGGCUGUGGCAUUCCCGAUCAUAUUACCAGUCUUCCGGCCAAAGUGCUCGAGACGCCAUUCGGGCAGAUGCUGAAACCACAGAUCGACGCAAGCAUGAGACAGAUGACACAAGCCCCGGUGCCUCCCCAGAACAUACCCCCGGCUGUGUCCCGAAGUGCUCUCAACACAUCAUCGAGUGGACACGCCGCAGGCCCCGCAAAACAUCAAAGUAGCGAUCGUUACGGGCAAGUGGUCAAUCUUACCGAUGCGAAUGCACUCGACACCCACAUGGCUGGAGCGGCCGACUCCUGUACGACAGUCUUCUUUACAUCAUCCACGUGCGCCCCUUGCAGACUAGCAUAUCCCAUGUUUGACCGGCUGGCCGAAGAACAUGCACAAGCGCUUUUUGUCAAGGUAGAUAUCAACUCGGCCCGUGAGAUUGGCUCUCGAUACCAGAUUCGAGUCACUCCCACGUUCAUGACAUUCUCCAAGGGUAAGAAGCAGGAUGAGUGGUCAGGAGCUGACCCCAAUCUGUUGAAAGCGAAUGUAGAGCUGUUGAUACAGACCACGUUCCCACCUCAUCCUCAUAUGACACUCAAGGUCCCAGCCUUGCAGUAUGGGUCCAUGAAGCCGUAUGUGUUUGGCAAAAUACCGCCGCUUGACAAGCUCAUGGGCAAGCUGGGGUCUGCAGCGGAUCACAAAGACAUCACAUCGUUGCGGACGUUUGUGGAGAAACGGGGUGCCAAUCCACAAGAUGCCGCUGUGCCUGACCUGCACAGCAUAGCACACACGUUCAAGACGGAUGUCAUUGCACUGCCAGUCGAAGUACGCUUCGCGGCAGUCGAUCUUCUAAGAUGUGCCAUGAUCGAUGCCCGAGUCAGCGGCUUCUUUGCAGAAGAUAGCCCAGUACGGACGAUGGCGGUGAUGAUCGAGCAUGUCAAUAAUUUGCCCGACUGUCCUCACAAUCUCCGACUCGUCACUCUACAACUUGCCUGCAACAUCUGGUCAUCUUCCCUCUAUGUCAAAGAAAUCAUGGCGAGUGACGACACGACCAUAUCGAACCUCAUACAGCUCAUCACGUCAUCGCUAUUGGACGCAUCGCAUCCCACGACCAGAGUGGCAGCGGGCAGUUUAGCAUUCAACCUUGCAGUGUCCAAUUACCGGGUGCGGCGGGAGCAGAAUGAGGAAGCAUUGGCAGAAGGCGAGCAAGUGGAGUUGGCUGCAUCGAUAUUGGAAAGUCUGGUGGAGGAGAAGAGCGAAGAUGCUGCCAAGGUGCUGCUGCUGGCACUGGGGUACUUGGUCUACUGUGCGCCUGAGAAUGGAGAGUUGGCGGAUUUGUGCAAGGCCAUGGGAGCGAAGAAGACGGUGCGAGGCGUGAAAGCGCAUGCUAAGCUCGGACAGGAGAUUGCCAGUCUGCUGUGGUAG